GCCAAAAAGCAGGUGAGAACAAUGUGGGCUUUGGUGAGCUUACCACCCUGCUCUGUGUCAAGAUUAAUAUCGAUAUAACUCAUCCAACAUAGACCCAGCCUAACAGGUUUACUUAUUGGGGACUCAGAUGCCUACUACGUGAUCUGAACAUUGUCUUAAUAGAUGUGAUUGCAACAUACAACUCAAGAAGACUGAAGUCAUUCUGAGAACCUCUACUGAAACCUGAGAAAAAGGACCAGAGAGAAACUGGAAGAGAGAAGGAUGAGAAAAGGAAGACCAAGGAAUGGGUUCGGUAGAUUCAGGGCAAAAUCUGUAGAAAACUCAGCUGCGUUCCGGUGGUGAUGACUUCCCCACGAGAAUACACCUCUUGCAAAGGAUCUCCUUCAUCUCUCUCCAGAGGAGGAGAAGAGGAAACACAAGAAGAAGCGCCUGGUGCAGAGCCCCAAUUCCUAUUUCAUGGAUGUGAAAUGCCCAGGAUGCUAUAAAAUCACCACAGUCUUUAGCCAUGCACAAACAGUUUUGUGCGUUGGCUGCUCUACUGUCCUCUGCCAGCCUACAGGAGGAAAAGCAAGGCUUACAGGAGGAUGCUCCUUCAGACAGAGGCAGCACUAA